AGAGAAUUGCCUUGCUGUAAAGGAUCUCUACUGCUUUAAGGAAUGGCUCUCAAUGGAGGAAAACUCUCAGAAGGGGAUUUACAAGCCAGGGCUGAUGUUGCUCACUCUUCCUGAAUGCAACAGACUGCCCAGCCUGCAUGAGGACCCCAGCUCCUGCACCCACAUCCCUUUCUUUGAUUUUAAGAAGGAGAAUAUAACCAGGACUUGCUACAGUGGCAAUGGCCAGUUUUACCAGGGCUGGGCCAACAUCACGGCCUCUGGCAUUCCCUGCCAGAAGUGGAGUGACCAGGCUCCCCACUUGCACAGGAGGACUCCUCAGGUUUUUCCUGAGCUGUCUGAUGCUGAGAAUUACUGUCGCAACCCAGGAGGUGAGAAUGAGCGUCCCUGGUGCUACACAAAAGACCCAGCCGUGACCUGGGAAUACUGCAGCGUGCCUCCCUGUGGAAAUGCAUUGCUGUCACUAGGAACAAGAAAACCAAAUGGAGAGACUCUAAAUCUCCCCCCUUCUCCUCCCUUUUCCCCUACGUACUCCAUGACUGUCAUCAUCUCGAUUAUCUCCAGCUUUGCUCUGGUCGUGAUCUUCGGCAUUGUCACCCUGGUUUGCUGCCGUCACCGAAAGCAGUGGAAAUCCAAAAAAAGAGAGUCUGAGACACCAACGCUCACCACUCUGCCCUCUGAACUACUUCUGGACCGGCUGCACCCCAACCCAAUGUAUCAGCGCAUGCCCCUUCUCCUCAAUCCAAAAUUGCUUAGCCUGGAGUAUCCCAGGAACAAUAUAGAAUAUGUGAGAGAUAUUGGGGAAGGAGCAUUUGGGAGAGUCUUCCAAGCCAGGGCCCCAGGGUUGCUGCCCUAUGAGCCUUUCACAAUGGUGGCAGUAAAAAUGCUGAAGGAGGAAGCAUCUGCAGACAUGCAGGCCGACUUUCAGAGGGAAGCAGCUCUCAUGGCAGAGUUUGACAAUCCAAAUAUUGUCAAGCUUUUAGGUGUGUGUGCUGUUGGGAAACCGAUGUGCCUGCUGUUCGAGUACAUGGCCUACGGGGAUCUAAAUGAGUACCUGCGUGACCGCUCGCCCCGCAACCUCUGCAGCCUGGUACACAGCAGUCUGGACACAAGGAUUCGCCUCCCUAACCCCUUGGCACUGUGCUGCACCAGCCAGCUCUGCAUUGCCAAGCAGGUUGCUGCUGGCAUGGCAUACCUCUCUGAGCGCAAAUUUGUGCACCGAGAUUUGGCCACCAGGAACUGUCUGGUGGGGGAGAACAUGGUGGUCAAAAUUGCCGAUUUUGGUCUUUCAAGGAACAUGUAUUCAGCUGACUAUUACAAAGCAAACGAGAAUGAUGCCAUCCCCAUCCGCUGGAUGCCCCCCGAGUCCAUUUUCUACAACCGCUACACCACAGAGUCUGAUGUGUGGGCCUAUGGAGUGGUGCUGUGGGAGAUCUUCUCCUAUGGCAUGCAGCCCUACUAUGGGAUGGCUCAUGAAGAGGUCAUCUACUACGUGAGGGAUGGGAAUGUCCUCUCCUGCCCAGACAACUGUCCCCUGGAGCUCUACAACCUGAUGCGUCUCUGCUGGAGCAAGCUGCCUGCCGACCGGCCGAGCUUUGCUAGCAUCCACCGCAUCUUGGAGCGCAUGUACGAGAGGGCUGUGGCCAACAUGUCGGUCUGAGGGGUGUGUUUUCUUGCACUUCCUUCCUUGUCUCCUGUGUCAACCUAUCCAGAGUGACUUGGACCAGCCCAUGAGCUCCUGAGUGAUGGUGGCUUCACACAAAUCCCACUUCAGGGGAAAAGAAACAGCUUGUUCCUCUACCAAGCAAGAGGUGAACUGCUUCCCCUUAGACACCUCCCUGGGUGGGACAGUACCUCCAAAACAACAGGGCUGACCUCUGGCCACCAAGCCAAGACUCCUUACGUUGGUGAAGGUGUACCUAUAUUAAGCAUUUCCAGGAGCACAGAGUUCCCCAGGAAAGCCAACCAAUGUUUCAGUGGUGACACUUCCCUUCCUAGUGGGUCCGUCCAUGUCUUUCUGCAUUUAUGCUCUGGGCUUUUACCUUUUUCUUCCCUUCCUCAUAUGUUUUCAAGUAUGGUUUAAAAAAAGAUUGCAGAAUUCAAUCUUAUU